CUGGAAGGAGCUAUGAACAAUAGAGAAAGAGACUAUAGAGAUUGGCUGGAUUUACCGUGUAUGAGCUGGAUUGUUUGGACUUACCUGUUGGCGUUUGGACCUGGACCUACCGAGAACCCGAUUCGUGUACCGAACCCUGCUAUCCUUGACCUCGCCUACGGCCUGGGUGGACCAGGAAGGAGAAACAAACACACAGGUGAGCCAUGUCUCUGUUGAGAGGGUGGCUGAAGGCUGGGGUGUCUCUUUGCCACUCCACACUACAAACAACCAGACAGAUAGGCACUGGUGUGUGCUGUCCAGUCCGUAUGAAUGCCAUUCCUGAGCUGAAGAAGGUGGACAGGUGGACUGAGAAGAGGAGCAUGUUUGGGGUUUAUGACAACAUAGGAAUUUUAGGUGACUUCAAAGCCCACCCUAAGGAUCUGAUCGUCGGGCCGGUCUGGGUGAAGGGUUUCCGUGGCAAUGAGCUGCAGCGUCUGACGAGGAAGAAGAGGAUGGUAGGAGACAGGAUGAUGACGCAGGACAAACAUGAUAUGGAGAAGAGGAUCCGCUUCCUCUAUCGACACUUCAACCGCUUUGGGAAACAUCGCUGAUCUGAUCUGGGACUGAGCGGUCUGGCUAACAAUGCUAAACGACUACUGUACUAACAACCUGCCCACUGGACCACAUUCAGACUCUAAAGAGAGAAAUGUGAGCUACUCAGUUAUGCCACUUAGAUUUAAAUCAGCCCCUUAUUUUCACCAUUUGGUAAGAGGAAGCUGAUUGUACAUUUUCUGUUAAGUUGACAGCUGGAAAAUGUUGGAUUCAUUUAGUAUUGUUAGCACUAAAUCAAUACGCACAUCUGUAAAAUACAUGUUUUGAACCACACAAAAAUGUGAUGCUCUAUGGUCGGUUAAUAUUAUUACAUUGGGGACUGAUGUAAGUCAUGUUGUGGGUAUACCAUGUGUUGUGUAAGAUGAUAAUAAACAGAAGCUCGUUACA